ACAUAACCUCAGCAGUUUACACUUUACCGCACUACUGCAGUGACUUUUUCUUGUUAUCAAAGAAUUUCUGUGUGGAAAAAUCUUUUUCUUACUUACCUACUUGGUGUUGCACACUACUUAAGGAACACUUUAACUCGCGGAUUGUGCUACCAAGCUCCAUCAAAUUUCAAUAACUCAUGGAUUUUUGAAUUAACUGCGUCAACCUUCAGCAUGAAUCUCUUUCAGUUAAGUGCUAAAAUUUUUACGAACAGUUUCACCAAUGCAGGAAGGAACUCCCUUAGAUCAGUUUAUUCUAGUUCCAUAGGUCUAGACAAACUGUACCCAAACAGUUCUUUAAAACUCACCACGCCCACGCAGAAAGACUUACCGGACGACCCUAUCAAGAAGUUCAAUGGUUACAUCCCAGUUGAGCAACUAUCCAUCACCUACAGUCGCAGCCCUGGGCCUGGCGGUCAAAGUGUGAACACAUCUGAUACAAAAGUAGAUUUAAGAUUUCAUUUAGCCUCAGCCAAAUGGCUGCAUGAAGAUGUUCGAAAUGCGCUUCUCAGUCACAAAUCCAUCAAGUUGACAAAGGAAGGUUUCCUAGUGAUACGGUCUGAUAAGACUCGUUCUCAACACUUAAAUUUAACUGAUGCCAUGGACAAAUUAAGGACCUUGUUAUUGAAUGCUCUACAACCCCCUAAAGUAAUGUCUCCUGAGUCGCUAGAGAAGCAGCGUAGAGAUCGUGAGAAAGCAAGCAGGCAACGACUAAUUGAGAAGAGAAUGAAAUCCCUUACCAAAAUGGGAAGGAACGAUCCCAUGAUGUAAAUUUUCCUUAGAUUAACUCUUUUCAGUAUAUCUUGGAUUGUUUUUAUCCAUAUGUAUUUUGAUGGCACUAUGUAAUAAAGAAUAAUUUGUUUUAUUUUAA